AUGCCGUCCUACAAGAAUGAGCCUAUCGCCAUCAUCGGCAGUGGAUGCCGCUUCCCCGGGGACUCUAGCCGGCCCUCCAAGCUGUGGGACCUGCUUUCCGACCCCCGCGAUGUCCUCCGCAAGAUCGACCGCUUCCGCGCCGACAACUGGUACAACAAGGAUGGCCAUCAUCACGGUGCCAGCAACGUCCUCGACUCGUACCUUCUUGCCGAGGACACCCGCGUCUUCGAUGCCCAGUUCUUCAGCAUCUCCGCCUCCGAGGCCGAGGCCAUCGAUCCUCAACAGCGUCUGCUCAUGGAGACCGUCUACGAGGCCCUCGAGGCCUCUGGCUCAAGCAUCGAGUCCCUCUCUGGGUCCAACACCGCAGCCUAUGUCGGUGUCAUGUGCGACGACUUUUCCCAGAUUGUCUACGGCGAUGGAGAGAACGUCCCCACCUACGCUGCCACCGGCUCUGCCCGCAGCAUCAUCUCCAACCGCAUCUCGUACUUCUUCAACUGGCACGGCCCUUCCAUGACCAUCGACACUGCUUGCUCUUCCUCGCUCAUUGCCGUACAUCAGGCCGUCCAGGUCUUGAGGAGUGGCGAGUGCCCUGUUGCCAUUGCUGCCGGCACCAACCUGAUCUUUGGGCCCACCAUGUACAUCGCUGAGAGCAAUCUGAACAUGUUAUCCCCCACGGGCCGUUCGCGCAUGUGGGAUGCUGGUGCUGACGGCUACGCCCGUGGUGAGGGCGUGGGUGCUGUUGUUCUGAAGACGCUCUCCGCCGCUCUUCGCGACGGUGACCACAUCGAGUGCUUGAUCCGCGAGACCGGCAUCAACCAGGACGGCCGUACCCCCGGUAUCACCAUGCCCAGUGCCUCUGCCCAGGGUAUGCUCAUCGCCGACACAUAUGCUCGGGCCGGCCUGGACCCUCUCAAGAAAGAGGAUCGCUGCCAGUACUUCGAGGCACAUGGCACCGGCACCAAGGCCGGUGAUCCUCAAGAGGCUGGUGCCAUCUUUCGUGCCUUCUUCCCCGAGAAACGCGAGGUCACUGGAGACUCUGAAGAGGAUGACAACGAUGUCCUCUACGUUGGGUCUAUCAAGACGGUCAUCGGUCACACCGAAGGCACUGCGGGCAUCGCUGGUCUCCUCAAGGCGUCUCUGGCCAUCCAGAACCGAACCAUCCCGCCAAACAUGCACUUCAUGCGACUGAACCCGGAUAUCGAGCCCUACUAUGGCAAUCUGAAGGUGCCUGUCGAUGCCAUCGAAUGGCCGGAGCUCCCAGACGGCACUCCUCGCCGCGCCUCGGUCAACAGCUUCGGCUUCGGCGGUGCAAACGCCCACGCCAUCGUCGAGAGCUACGACCCGCCAGAGGGAUUCCCGGCUGAGCCGGAACUGCCCGUCUCGACACCGUUUGUCUUCUCCGCUGCGUCCGAGCGAUCCCUGGUGUCUCUCCUGAACGCCUACCUGUCGUUCCUCAAGGAGAAUCCCGACUUUGAUGCACGCACCCUGUCCUGGUCCCUCUCCAAGCGCACGGCAUUCAACUUCCGCGCCGCAUUUGCUGCUCCCACUAUUGAGUCCCUCGCUUCAACAAUCGAGGCCAGGCUCGCGGAGAGCAAGGAGAAGAAGGAGCCCGUUGCGACUCGUGCCAAUGCCAAGACGAGUCGCAAGAUUCUCGGUGUAUUCACCGGACAGGGUGCCCAGUGGGCGACAAUGGGUCGUGACCUGGUGACUUCCUCCUUCGCCGCCGAGGCUAUAGUUGACAAGCUAGAGCAGUCCCUUGCUGAGCUGCCCGACGCGCCCGAGUGGUCACUCAAGGCCGAGCUGCUUGCGGGCAAGGAGGCUUCGCGCAUCGCGCUCGGUGAGAUCUCGCAGCCCCUCUGCACUGCCGUGCAGGUGAUGGUGGUCGACAUGCUCCGCGCUGCCGGCCUCGAUUUCAGUGCCGUCGUUGGUCACUCGUCUGGUGAGAUUGCUGCGGCCUACGCUGCAGGCUUCCUGUCCGCCCGUGAUGCCAUCCGCAUUGCCUUCUACCGUGGCAAGUACACCAAAUUCGCCAAGGGUCCUAACGGCAAGAGCGGUGCCAUGAUCGCCGCCGGGACCUCCAUGGACGAUGCGAACGAUCUGUGCGGUCUUCCCAAGCUCAAUGGCAGAGUGCAGUUGGCAGCGAGCAACUCCUCCGCCAGUGUCACCAUCUCUGGUGACGAGGAUGCUGUUGAUUUUGUGCAGCUAAUAUUCGAGGACGAGUCCAAGUUUGCCCGCAAACUGAAGGUCGACACUGCCUAUCACUCGAGCCACAUGAAAGCCUGCUCCUCGUACUAUCUCGAGGCCCUCGGAGCCUGUGGCAUCCAGAUCAACCAGCCUGGUGAGAAUGCCUGCCCGUGGUAUUCUUCUGUCUUUGGCGGCGAAAAAGUCACCAUGGAGCAUUCUGAGCUGCUCAGCAAUGCCUACUGGAAGGACAACAUGCUGCAGCCCGUGCUGUUCUCGCAGGCUUUGACUGCCGCUGUCAAGGAUAUUGGGACCCCAGGCCUGGCCCUCGAAGUCGGCCCUCACGCCGCUCUGAAGGGCCCUGCCAGCCUUACGAUUGAAGAGGCUGGCGGUGCUGCAGUCCCGUACUUCGGGACCCUGUCUCGUGGUAUCAACGACUCUACCGCCCUCUCGAGCACCAUUGGCUCCGUAUGGACAGUCCUUGGCACCUCUGCUGUCGACUUCAAGGCAUAUGAUCGGCUCUUUGCACAGGACGCCACCUACACUGUGUCCAAGGACUUGCCCUCCUACACGUGGGACCACGAGAAGGUCAUCUGGAACGAGACUCGUCUGUCAAAGGCGCACCGUCUCCGUGAGAACCCAACGCACGAGCUUCUGGGUGCUCGCGCAACUGAUGAGGGAGAGGGCGAGUUCAGAUGGCGCAACUACAUCAAGCCCAACGAGAUGCCCUGGCUGAAGGGUCAUGCUAUCCAGGGCCAGACCAUCUUUCCUGCCGCGGGCUUCGCGGUCAUGGCCCUCGAGGCAUCCAAACAGCUCGUCCCCGAUUACGAAAAGACGGUUAGGCUGGUCGAGCUGCUUGACUUCAGCAUCCACAAGGCGUUGUCUUUCAUGGAUGACAACACGGGUGUAGAGACCAUCUACGUCAUGUCGAAUGUUCACAGAGGGGAGGACACCAUCACGGCCGACUUCUCUAUCCAUGCCUGCCAGAACAAGGAGACAGGUGGCUUUGUCUCGGUGGCCAGUGGCCAAAUCCGCUUGACCACGGGUGAGCCCUCUGUGGAGGCCCUGCCGGAGCGUGUUGAGUCGAAGAUCCCUCUUUUGCCGGUCGACACAGAGUUCUUCUACAAGGAACUGGCCAAGCUUGGAUAUGGAUAUACAGGUAUGUUCAGUGGCAUCACCGAAAUGAAGCGCAGCGCCGGCCAUGCAUCUGGCGAGAUGACCAUUGCCCGUGACCCUGACUCUGUCACCCACCCGUGGGUUGUGCACCCUGCCACUUUGGAUGUCGCGUUCCAGUCCAUCUUUGCUGCCAUCGGGGCCCCUGGCGACGGACGCUUGUGGACUUUGCACGUCCCGACUCUGAUCAGCCGUAUCGCUGUCAACCCUGACGCCUGCCAAUCUACCUCUGGCGUUGAGAUCCCUAUGCCCUUCGACGCAACCCUUUCCUUGUCGGAGAAUGGCAUGACUGGCGACGUGGAUAUCUACGCCGAGGACGGGAAGAACGCCGCAAUCUACGUCGAGGGUCUCCAUGUUACGCCUCUCACGCAGCCCACUGCCGCCGAUGACAGACAAACCUUCGCCGAGACACUAUGGGAUAUCGCACAGCCCGACGGUGCCCUUGGGUGGAACGAGUGGGCUCUCACAGAAGAUGAGACCGAGGGAGCCGCUCUCUGCGAGCGCAUGUGCUUCUACUACCUGAACCAGUUGUACCGGUCAAUCACUCUUGAACAGCGCGAGAAGUGCGACUGGCACCAGCUCUGUGUGCUCAAUUGGGCGCAGUUCGUCCAUGAGACUGCAUUGAGUGGCAAGCAUGCAACCUGCAAGAAGGAGUGGCUGGACGAUACCUGGGAUGACAUCAAGCAAGACUUCGACCAUUGGUCCAAGAUCCACCCUCACUUCCAUACACUGGUCUUCAUCGGCGAGAUGCUUGUGCCUUUUGUCCGUGGCGAAUUGUCCAUGCUCGAUGAAUUUCGCAAGGACGACAAACUGAGCGAGUUCUACUUUGGGCACUAUGGCUACAAGGAGUACAACAUGUACCUUGGCAAACUUGUCAAUCAGAUCUCGCAUCGCCACCACAACAUGAGGAUCCUGGAGAUUGGUGCUGGAACUGGCUCCUCCACAGCCGCCACGCUGGAGUGCCUCAAUGAUGGCUUCGCGACGUAUACUUAUACGGACAUAUCGGCAGCCUUCUUUGAGGAGGCCAAGGAGAUGUUCAAGUCCAAUGCGGAGAAGAUGAUUUUCAAGACGCUGGAUGCUGAGAAAGACAUCAAAGAGCAGGGCUUCGAAGAGGGCACCUAUGAUCUGAUCAUUGCGGGCAACGUCAUUCACGCCACGGCCCACCUGGAGACGACCCUGAAGAACGUCCGCAAGCUGCUCCGCCCUGGCGGAUACCUGUGUCUGCUUGAGGUCACCAACAACAAGCCACUCCGGAUCGGCUUCGGAUUCUGCGGCCUUCCGGGUUGGUGGGCUGGUCGAGAAGAUGGUCGUGUCUACUCCCCCUUGGUCGGGCAGAAGGACUGGGACACGAUACUUCGCAAGAGCGGCUUCUCUGGAGUCGACACUGCCACCCCCGAGGAGAAAGUAUACCUCGUGCCCUUCAGUGUCAUGGUCUCGCAGGCCGUCGACAAGCAGAUGCACAUGAUCCGCGAGCCCAUGGCGUUCAGCGGCAAGACCACCUUCACCGACAAGCUGCUCAUCCUCGGCGGUCAAAAGGUCCAGACUUCUCGUCUGGUCCGAAGUCUGACUGCUGCUCUUGGGCCCUUCUUCCCUGAAAUUCAAAACAUUGAGAGCCUCCUCGAUAUAGACGAAGAGACUAUCAACUCUCAGCCCACGAUCCUCAGCUUGAUGGAGCUCGACGAGUUGCUCUUCAAAGACUUCAGCCUGGAGAAGUUCCGCGCAAUCGUCCGCAUGUGCGACCACUCGCGCAACAUGCUCUGGGUGACUGUCGGAAGUCGUGGUGAGGAACCCUACAUGAACAUGAUGGUGGGCACGGGUCGCUGCUUGGUCGGAGAGAUGCCCUCACUCCGCCUGCAAUUCCUCAAUUUUGAUGCCAGCGAGAAGCCCAAUGCCGAGACCAUCGCCGAGCAUCUUCUGCGCCUGCAAAUCUCGGAUGCAUGGGGCAAGGGCCUCGCAAAGAGUUACGAGCCCCUGUGGACCCUCGAGCGAGAGAUGUCGAUUGACAAUGGCACGAUGCUCAUCCCCAGGUAUCUGCCCGCCACCGACAUCAACACGCGCUUGAAUUCCGAGAGGCGACUUAUCACCAAAGAUGUCACACCUUCCGAAGCCGUCAUCGAGAUCAACAGCUCUGGCUCUUCCUACGACCUGCUUGACUGCGCAAGCACGGAGGGCGCAACUGACGAGACUAUCACUAUUCAGGUCAGCAAAUCACUUCUCUGCGCUGUCUCUGUCGCAGGCAUUGGUUGCCUGUACGUUGUCGCUGGAACCACCAAGGUCGGGAAGAAAGUUGUUUCGCUCUCUGAAACCAACCGUUCCACCGUCGUGGUACCAAAGGCCUGGGCGGCAGAGUACGACGAAGACAACGAAGGAGCCAUGCUUGUCGCCACUGCCGCGGAGCUGCUGGUGGAUGCUAUCCUCUCACUCAGCCCAAACUGCCAGUCCAUGCUGGCCCACGAGCCCAGCGCUGCCGUUGCUCACAGUCUCAAGCGGCGAUAUGAGGCUUCUGGGAAGAAGGUGACAUUCACCUCCACCUUGGCCGGCCCCUGCCCCGGUGUGAAACACUUCCACCCUUCGAUUCCUGACCGUGUCCUCUCUCAAUCCCUUCCCAAAGAUGCCUCCGUCUUUGUCGACCUCGCCGAGAACAAGGAGUCUAUGGGUGUAGGGGCGCGUAUCAGAAAGUACCUGCCCCUCGGUUGCACGCCGAGGAGCGGUGCGGACUUGUACAGCGCUCGUGCAUUUAUGGCUCAGGUAUACGACUCUGAGGUCGUUACGCAGACGCUCAAGCUUGCAGUGGAAAAUGCCCAGGCCCUGGUAAAGAGUGGAAACAGCCAGCUAUUCACGGAGAGCGUCGCGCUGUCUGCCAUCUCGGGAAAGAAUAUCUACCGUCAAGGUCUGCGCAUCGUCGACUGGAAGAGGGACGAGCCCGUGGCCGUGCGCGUCCUUCCUGCCGAGGAGUCGAUCAAGUUCCGCACCGACCGUACAUACUUCAUGAUCGGUCUCACCGGAGAAGUCGGCCUUGCCCUCACGCGCUGGAUGGUGGAGCGCGGUGCUCGCCACCUCGCCUUGUCCUCGCGAAAUCCCAAGAUUGAGCAAGCAUGGUUGGAACUCGUCGAGGCCGAGGGAGCUAUCGUCAAGACGUACGCCAUGGACGUCACAUCCUGGGAUUCCAUCCGAGCUGUCGUUAAACAGAUCGAGAAGGAAAUGCCGCCAAUCGGUGGUGUUGCAAACGGUGCUAUGAUCCUCAAGGACAGUCUAUUUGCCAACCAGAGCCAUGAGGUGUUCCUCGAGACCCUGAGACCCAAAGUAGACGGCACUAGGUUCUUGGACGAGAUCUUUACGGACAACGAUCUCGACUUCUUCAUGUGCUUUUCGUCACUAGCAUCUGUCUCGGGUAACAUGGGCCAGACUGCCUAUGCGGCAGCCAAUGCGUACAUGUGCUCGCUCAUUGCCGGACGCCGUCAGCGUGGCCUCGUCGGCUCGGUCAUCAACAUGCCUGGUAUCGUGGGUCUGGGAUACCUCAACCGUGACCCUAGCAAGCUCGAGAGACUUCGAUCUGUCGGCUAUGCUAACAUCAACGAGUGGGAGUUCUACCAAUUCUUCUCCGAGGCUGUUAUGGCUGGCCGCCCCGAAUCCGGCCGCAAUCCGGAGAUCACGGCCGGUCUGCAGCAAAUUGACGUCGAGAACAAUGACAGCCCGCCCGCAUGGAUCAACAUACCCCGUUUCGCGUGGCUGAGGUUGGUCAAGCCCCAGGAGCAAAACGCCGGUGGUUCAGGCAAGGGCACGGUCAGUGUCAGAAACAAGUUGAAGGAGUUGACCAAAGAGGAGGACGUUUAUGAGCUUUUGCUGGAUGGACUUCUCAUGACUCUGUAUCAGAGGCUGAAUAUGGCUCCCGAGGAGCAGGGGAUCACACCGGAAACCACCAUCGUCGAGCUCGGUGUCGACUCACUUCUUGCUGUCGACAUGCGCACAUGGUUCACCAAAGAGCUGGAUCUCGACAUGCCUGUGCUCAAAAUACUCGGCGGCGCCACCGUCUCUGACCUUGUUGAAGACGCCGUCAAGCGUCUGUCUCCCGAUCUGAUCCCCAACGUAGUCAAGACGGCACCUGCCGAGGCCGCUGGGGAUGAGAAGAAGGAAGAACCCGCUGCCGCAUCAGUUUUGGCUGAGGCCGACCAGUCCUUUCGUGAUCCUAGUGAAGCGGCGCAAGUCACCGAUGCGGAGGCGAAUCUGGGGGCCGCAGAUAGCCCGGCUCCUGACGAGGAUCGUGUUGAUGAUUCUUCGGAUCGCUCUGACGCUGGCUCUUGGGUUGCUGUCCAGACACCUGCCGGGUCCGAUGGGCCAGCGAGCGAGAGUGAAGUUCCUGAUGAGAUGGCAGCAGCAGCAGCAGAGGAAGAGGAGCAAGAUGCGCAGGAGAUCGACUUGCAAAGCUUGCCAAGACAGGACCAAGAAGCAGAGACGACAACGGCAGCAGCAGCAGCUUUCGAAGAGGUAGCUGAGAGCCCACUGCCAUCGCCACUGGAGGAGACCACUCGGUCUGAGUCUCCCGAUUCCAGUCAUGUUGACUCGAACUCCGGUGCUGAGACCCCCGAGACUCACCUCUCGGAUGACGAGACCGAGAAUGCGAAGCCUCAAGACAGGGCAGUGGCUACGAACAAGGACACCGAAACCUCGAUGACUGACUCAGAGCCCAUCAAGGCAUCAGAUGAAGCAGAAGAGGUGAAAGUGGAAAUUCCUGAAACACAGUUGGUAUUUUCCCGGACCACAAAGAUGUCCUAUGCCUCUUCUCGAUUCUGGUUUCUGAUGCGGUAUCUAGAGGACCCAACCACCUUCAAUCUCACCUGCCGACUUCAGUUCACCGGGCGCAUCCGAGAACAUGAUGCAGAGCGGGCCAUCGCCGGCCUAGGCCACCGCCACGAGGCCUUCCGCACCGCCUUCUUUUCGGACCCCGGCCGGCUCAAUGAGCCUACCCAAGGGGUCCUCGCGGAGGAGGACAGCCCUCUACGGCUGGAGAAACGGCGCAUCCAGAAUGAAGACGAGGUGGAGAAGGAGACAGACGAGUUGAUGAAGUACAUCUUCAAACUCCACCGCGGCGAGUCGAUCCGCAUCAAGCUGCUUUCCCUGUCGGACACGAAACACUACCUGCUCUUUGGGUUCCACCAUAUCGCGAUUGAUGGGUUUUCAUUCAAUAUCCUUCUAUCGGAGAUCAACAAGAUGUACGAUGGAGAAGCGCUCCCGCCCGUGACGUGUCAGUUUAGCGACUUUGCUGAGAGGCAGAGGAGAGCCGUGGAAGAGGGGAAGAUGGAUGGGGAAAUGCAAUUUUGGAGAGGGGAGUAUCCUGAUUUCCCGGAGCCGUUACCUUUGUUCCCGGUAGCUCAUGGGAGCAAGAGACAAAACCAAACGAACUACAACUUCGAGCCGGCCGAUUGCGAACUUGACGCCCGCCUCGUCCGCCAAAUCAAGACGCAGUGCAAGCGCCACAAGAUCACGACCUUCCACUUCUUCUUGGCAGUUCUCAAGGUCUUUUUGUUUCGCCAUCUCGACACGGACGACCUCGUCAUCGGGGUUGCCGACGCCAACCGUGCCGAUGCCUCCGUCACCGGCACGGUUGGCUUCCUGCUGAACCUCCUUCCUCUUCGCUUCAAGUCAGCCAAGGGAGAGGUUUUCAAGGACUCGGUCAUCGAGGCACGCAGCAAGGCGUACUCUGCUCUGGCUAACUCCAAGCUUCCCUUCGAUGUGCUCCUCGAGACGCUGGAUAUACCCCGCUCGGCAAGCCACAGCCCGCUGUUCCAAGUUUUCAUGGACUACCGGCAGAUCAAUGCGGAGCAGCCAAAGCUGCUUGGGGGUGAGGCUGUGGGGACACAUUCGGUGGGACGCAAUGGCUACGACCUGGUUGUUGAUGUCAACGAGGUCGCUGGCACCUCGAUGCAUGUCACUUUCAGGAUGCAAAGAUACCUCUACUCCAAGCCGGCCACCGAGAUGCUGUUCAGCAGCUACAUGCGACUCGUCAAAGCAUUUGCCACCAACUUCGACACCAAAGUCGACCAGGUGCCGCUUUGGAGCGCAGACGACAUUGAAGGCGCCAAGAUCCUCGGUCGUGGGCCGCAACUGACACCAGAUUGGCCCGAGACUCUUUCUCACCGCAUCAUGGCGGUAGCGGCUCAACAUCCAGAGAGCAUUGCAGUCAAAGACGGAGUUGGCAACACUUUGGCCUACUCAGCCGUGCAGCAGCAAGUCCACACCAUCAGUCAGGCGCUCACCAAGGCUGGCGUCAAGUCUGGGUCGCGGGUAGCAAUUUUCCAGGAGCCGACCGCCGAUUGGGUGUGCUCUCUGCUUGGGAUCUGGCACGCAGGAGGCACAUAUGUUCCCAUGGACCUGCGAAGCUCUUUGUCCCGGCUGGCCGCUGUUGCUGGCUCUGCGAAACCGACCGUCGUCCUGUGCCACGGCGCCACCGAGCAAAUGGUCCCUGAGCUGAACUCGAAGGCAAAAGUGAUCAACGUCUCGCAACUUGUUCCCAGCACCAAGACCACCCCAAGCAAAGCGAAACUCGAGGCAGACGCGGUAGUCUUAUACACCAGUGGCUCGACUGGCGUACCCAAGGGCAUCGUCCUGCGCCACUUAGCUUUCAAGAACACCAUUUACGGCUUGACAAAGGAGUAUAACAUCGGCCGGGAGAGGGUCCUCCAGCAGAGUGCUUACACCUUCGACUUUUCGCUUGACCAGAUCCUCUGUGGUCUUGUCAAUGGCGGCUCCGUUUUUGUCGUUCCCAAGGCCAGUCGCGGUGAUCCCGUCGAGAUUGCCAAGAUCAUCUUGAACGAGGACAUUACCUAUACCCGAGCGACGCCUUCUGAGUACGCAAGCUGGCUGUCUUAUGGAUCGGAAUAUCUCAAGACAGCUUCGCAAUGGAGGUUCGCCUGGGGCGGUGGUGAGAUGAUGACAAACGCGCUUCGACAAGGGAUUGAAGAGCUCCGUCUGCCAGGCCUCAAGCUUUACAAUUCCUACGGCCCCGGAGAGACCGUCACGUGCACGAAGAUGGAGAUCCCUUACCGAGGCGCACUCACCGAGACGACUUCGCCCGAGAUCCCCGUUGGUGUCCCGCUUCCAAACUAUUCGGUGUACGUUGUCGACCGCAAUCUUGAUCCUGUUCCGGCAGGUGUUUCUGGGGAGAUCGUCAUCGGUGGCCCCAGUGUUGCCAAGGGUUACUUGAACAACGAAAAGUUGAGCAGCAGCAAGUUCCUCCCCAAUUACUUUGCUCCCACCGAGUUUGCCGCCGGAGACGGGAGAAUGGUUUAUCGCACGGGAGACGUCGGCCGUCUCCGAGGGGAUGGCGCUGUCAUGUUCCAGGGGCGAAUCAACGGGGACACCCAGAUCAAGCUGCGUGGCAUCCGGAUUGAACUUGAAGACAUCGAAAGCUCCAUCGUCCAUGCUGCUUCGGGCGUCAUCCACCGGGCUGUCGUCUCAGUCCGCAACGAGCUCUUGGUGGGACAUGUCGAGUUUGCUCCUGGCACCCAGACCGAGAAUGGCGGCCAAUUCCUGCGCAACCUCCGCUACAAACUACCUCUGCCGCUCUACAUGAUCCCGAACAUGCUUAUACCCAUGGAUACUAUCCCACUCAACGCCCAUGGCAAGACGGACCGGCGUGCCGUCAGCGAGGUGCCACUGCCGACUCCCUCGGACGACAAGACAACUUAUACUCUGACCGAGACGGAGAAGGCUCUCAGGGACCUGUGGAUCGAAAUUGUGCCCAAGGACAUCAUCAAGCUGGUUUCAGUCAGCGAUAUGACCAGCUUCUUCGAGGCUGGCGGCAACUCGUUGCUGCUUGUGAAACUGCAGAUCAUGAUCCGUACGCGCUUCGCCGCCGCCCUUUCACUGGUUGAAUUGUUUGAGAACAACACGCUUGGCGCCAUGGCUGCGAAAAUUGCUUCGGCAGAGAAGCUGGACCAGACCAUCGACUGGGAGGACGAGGUAGCCAUCGAUCAAGACCUUCUUGAUCAGGCGGAUGACAGCAUUCAACAUGCUGUCGGAAGGGCUGGCGAUGGUGCGACCAUUUUGAUGACGGGUGCAACGGGAUUCUUGGGCAAGCACAUCUUGAACAGCCUCGCAGCAGACGAGCGUGUUGCCCGGAUCCACUGCGUCGCCGUCCGUGACAAGCCCACCCGUGCUGCACCUUCAGGACCCAAGGUUGUCGUCCACCCAGGCGAGAUGUCGGCGCCUUUCUUCGGCAUGUCUGAGGCCGACUUCAAUCAGCUCGCCGAGAAGGCCGAUAUAAUAGUGCACAGUGGCGCCAACCGGUCCUUCUUCGACUACUUCCAGCUUCUCAAGGGAUCUAACUACACUUCCACACGCAGCAUCGUGCGGCUCGCAGCGUCUCGCAAGAUACCGGUGCACUUCAUUUCUUCGGGCGGCGUGCUCAAUCUUGAUUCCGACGAGCAAGGAAACAACGACGCUAUCACGCACUCCGCGACAUCCGUUGAAGCGCAACCCCCGAAGGAUGGGUCCGAGGGCUACGUGUCCUCCAAGUGGGCCAGCGAGAAGCACCUCGAGAAGGCAUCGUCCCAGCUCAGGGUCCCCGUCACCAUCCACCGUGUUGUCCCUGCUGGGGACGGUGCCGAGCCGACCGAGGCCAUGUUCGAAGAUCUCGUCGGCCAGUUCAAAGCGAUCACCAAGAAGAUACAACUCCUCCCGUCGCAGUCAGGCUGGGAGGGCGCCUUUGACCUCAUCCAGGUGGAAGACCUCGCUCAACGGAUCGUCAAUGCCAGCAUCGAUUCCGCCUCCUCUGAUCCAACAUCAGAUGAGAACUCGGCACGGUACGUCCACCACCGCUGCGAGAUGAGAGUCGAGAUGGCGGACGUGCUUCCUAUGGUCGAGCAGUCUGGCUACAAGGACCAGUUCGGCACGUUGCCGGCCCAUAAGUGGAUCGGACGAGCCAAGCUCGAAGGGCUGAGAUGGCACAUCGCGAGCCAGGACAGUGCUGUCGUGGGCGACGAGGAGGCGGGUGAGAUGGUCAUGGUCAAGAGGUAG